CUCCACACUCCACCAUGAGGUUCCUGGUAAUCUUCCAGACGCUCCUGGCAGCGGCCAUCGCGGCAAAACUCCCUACCUACAGCCUCCCCAGCCAGCAACAUCAACCAAAUGUUGGCACCCCGCUGCCCUCCCCGCCCGCCAGGCCAUCAGGCCAACAGAUCCAGCCACAUGUGGACCAGAAUAGCCUGACCCAGACCUAUGAGUCCGCUGGCCAACAUAUCCCGCAAAAGCUCCAUGGCCCAGCAGGAGGCAAUGGCCUAACUCAUACUUUUGAAGAAGCCACAAGACCACAGGAUCCUUUCCAGUUCCAGGGUCUCACCGGCCAUGAUGUCUUUAUCCAGACCUUUGAUGAAACUGUUGGGCCAGCUCAGGGUUUCGUGAGACCAACGGAGUCUAACGAUCUAAAUCAGAUCCUUGACGAGUCCAAAGGUCCAUUCGCCCCAACACAGCCCCAAGGAACCAAUGGACAAAACUUCUUCGAAAGCUCCUCUGUGCAGCCACAAGGACCAACACAACCCAAGGGCCCCGCUGGUCUUGUGCUCGGCGGCAGCUGCCCCCAGGGGCAGGUGGUGCACGCUGACGGCUCCUGCGCGGUGCCCGAGGUGACCCGCGACCUGUACGUGUUCAGCAUCCCCGACACACCUCGCCGUCCCAGCAGGCCGCCGCCCACCCUGCCGCCACCAAGGGUGCACGAGCACGUGCUGUUCAUCCGCGCGCCGGAGGGCGGACACACCGCGCAGCCCCUGCUGGUGCCACCACCCGCGCAGAAGAGCGUCGUCUACAUUCUCAGGGAAGACUCGCCUGACGAGGAGCCGCGCGUCAUCCAGGCGCCCGCGCCGCCGCCCGCACGCCCCGAAGUCUUCUUUGUCAACUACGAGGACGGCGAGAACCCCGCCCUGCACGGUGGCCUCGACCUGCAGCAGGUCCUACAGACCGUCACCUCGGCCCCGCCAGCCCUGCACGACGCCGCUGUCCCCGAACACGUGCAGGAGGCGCCGCAACAGCAAACUCACUCCCAGCAAGGAGCUCACGCCGGCGGUGACCUUGUCCUGGAAGAUAACAGCGACGAAGAUCUCACUCUAGGAGGAUUCAGCGCCCAUGAUGCUACUCUGGGAGGCCACAGUGACGGUACUUUUGCUCUGGGAGGUCACAUCGACGGUAAUCAGCAGCCUGAAACCUAUACCAAUGGUAAUCAGCAGUCGGGAAGCUACAACAACGGUGAUCAGCAGUCGGGAAGCUACAAUAACGGUGAUCAGCAGUCGGGAAGCUACAACAACGGUGAUCAGCAGUCGGGAAGCUAUAACAAUGGUAACCAGCAGCCAGAAAGCUACAGCAACGGCAUCCGGCAGCUGGAAGCCCACAAGAACGAUAAUCAGCAGCUGGGAGGUCAUAACAACGACCAUCUCGGUUUGACGGUCGUUUUUGAUGAUGACUUUGAGCUUGGAGAACACUUCGACCAUGAUGUUUCUUUGGAAGGUCAUUCUGACGACACGUUUGUCCAGAUAGGCCAAGAUGAUAUCUCUCUGGAAGAUCACACUGACGAUGACUUUCGCCUGAGGCAUCACAGCCACGGUGACCUCGUGUUGGGAAGCCAGGCUGACAAUACUCCCACGAACAUUGUCCAGGGCGUCCAGAGAGAUCAGUUUGAUGGUCAAACCCUGAGCCAUGCGCAAGAAACUUUUGCCGAGACUCCGACUGGUUUUGCAUUCCAGAACAGCGGCGACUUUGACAGCGACAACAGCCAGGAGAAAGAGAACGGAGGGUACGCCGUGCCCGCCACACUCCUCGGCGCCAACUUUGGAAGCAGAGACAACAGAUUCAAUCGUUUCGUCGACGGCGAGGAGGCAGCUCGUGGAGCGGUGGAUAUAGUGACUGACGCAGCGGCAAGAUUCAAUGGGGACAUUUACGGGCCACCCACCGCCUCCCCUGCUCCUCCGUCUCUGCUCUACUCGCAGCCUUAACGCCCCACACCCUUCACUUUACACGCGUGAUGUCCUGAUGUAACACUCCACUGCCGCUAACACCGCACAUCCUGCCUCACGCCGUGACAGUCAGCGAGGCAUAUGAAAAUACAUAAAAUCUGUAUCUUUUGGCUUAGAAAUGAGAACAUAAGGGAAGCUACAAUAAGCUAAUAAUCCCUUUCUUUCAUUACUGCAAGUGUAGGGCUUCUGUGUCUUCCUGAAGAUGUAACACACAACACACAGCAACACCUCGCCACUGCACCACUCACUGACUGUCUCACGUUGCUUCCCAUCCUUCUCCCAUCAGGCAAUACUUGGUGCAGUAGUUCCUGUAGUAAUGGAGUGGUCAUGCAUGCGACUGCUACCUUUUAGAAAACUUUAAGUAUCUGUUUAACAUUGAUCGUGUCACCUUUAUAUAAUUUCAUAAAGUAUAUACUAUUUAUUUAACGUAAU